AUGAUCCAAGCCAAAUUUAAUAGAAUUAAAAGGAUUAAUGUUCAAGAUUAUUUUCCUCAUCUAUAAUAAAUUCUUUGUAAAAGCAAAACCAAAAAUAAUUAAAUUAUUUUAAAGAUGUUUAAUUCAAAGUAUGGAAAUGUUUUGAGUUGGAUGAUGAUUUUAAGGAGAAUUCGCAAGUAAUUUAUAAUGGUGAAUUCAAAAAUGGAAAAAAAAAUUGGUUUUGGGAAACUGUGUAUUAGGAUAAAUAGAUGUAUAAUUAUAUUAAAAAUAAAAUGUAGUGGAGGUGGAUUAUAUUUUGAGUCUAAAGGAUAGAAAUGAUAAGCCUUUACUCAUGCUCUAUAGCAUUUAUAUAAAAUUAUCAGAUGUAAAAUACUCUUUAGGAUAAUAAACAACUAAUUCAAAAAAAAUAAUAAAUUAUAAUGAAAUAUUUUCUUUUGGUUGA